AUGGCGCUCACGAAGCUCUUCUCAACGGGUCUUCUCCUCGCCUCGCUCGCGUCCGCAAAGUGGAUCGUCCCCGGCGGAAGAUGGCGUGAUACCGAGGGAAACCUCGUCAACGCCCACGCCGGCGGCGUCACCAUCGAUCGCGACACGGGCAAGUUCUUCUGGUUCGGCGAGUACAAGGUCCAGGGUCAGGAGGAGGGCGGCGGUGUCUCCGUCUACAGCUCCGACGACCUGGCGACAUGGGAGUUUCAUGGCAAGGCCCUUGAGCCCAUUGACGGACACCCGUACAUUGACUCGGACAUGAUCAUCCAGCGUCCCAAGGUGGUCUACUCCGAGCCCACCGGGGAGUACCACAUGUGGUGGCACGCCGACAACUCAACCUACGGCCUCCUCCUCCAAGGCCUGGCCACCUCCCCAAACAUCAGCGGGCCAUACACCUUCGUCGACGCCACGGCGCCCCUCGGCAACUGGUCCCAGGACUUUGGCAUCUUUACAGACUACAAGGACGGCCGUUCCUACGCUCUCUACUCCAAUGGUGACCGCCGCGAGGGCCGCGACGUCUACCUCAGCUCCUUCAACGACGAGCUCACAAACGUCACCGAGGUUGUCCACCGCUUCGACAAGUACGACCUCGAGGCACCGACCAUCAUCCAGACCGACUCGAGCUACUACGCCCUCAUGUCCCACAAGACGGGCUACCGCCCCAAUAACGUCGUCGCCUUCCGCGCCGAUUCCCUUGCCGGUCCCUGGUCCCAGCCCUUCUUCGUCUCCGACUCGUACACCCGCACCUACAAUUCCCAGUCCGGCUUCUCCCUGCGCAUCAACGGCUCCGAGGUGACGACCUACCUCUACCUCGGCGACCAGUGGGACUCCAACUCCCUCUGGGAGUCCCGCUACAUCUGGCUGCCCCUCAGCGUCGACGAUGAGAAGAAGUCCGUCCACGUCGAGUGGCACGACAUCUACGACCUCGACGUCAAGACCGGCGUCGUCACCCCUAUCGAGGGAACGACCUAUUCCGCGCACGACUCCGCCACCGUCUCCGGCAACGCCUUCAAGCAGGAGGCCAACUUCGCCAGCGGCGGCACCAUCGUCACGGGCAUCUACGGCAACGACAGCAAGGUCACCUUCGAGGGCAUCGAGGGCGCCGGCGAGCCGCAGUGGGUGUCGUUCUACUACCAGAACACGGACGACAUGGGCUUCGGCGACCAGCCCGGCGGCACGCCCGACCGCAUCGGAGGGUCGUGGCAGCUGCGCCGCAUCGCGAGCGUCAUCGUCAACGGCAACGAGCAGCAGGUCGAGUCUCUGUACCAGCGCGACACGCACAAGGGCAUCAUCCUGUCCACGCCGCUGAACCUGACCUUGGACAAGGGAUCGAACAACACAAUCACCAUCGGCGGUCUGUGGAACGGAUUCGACUUUAAGGGUGCCGAUAUCGACCGCAUCGUGGUGUAUCCCCCCGAGGAGAAGAAGUAG